AUGCUGCAUGUGGUGCAUAGACUGAUGACGUCAUCCAACCCUCGGUUACUUUUUCCGCGCUUCAACUCCUCAAUCCCAGCCACAAUCGAGAACGUAGCCAUUGGGUAUCCCCAACGGGACUGGGAGACUGGGUAUCUCACCCGGGCAUUGAAGAUGCCACCUCUGAGACCACACACCAAGUCCCGAAAUGGGUGUGAUCGCUGCCGCGAGAGGCGAGUCAAGUGCGACGAAAGUGGACCACCUUGCUCCAAUUGUAUCAACCGCCAGCUAGAUUGUGCUUAUCUCAAAGUUGCAGCUGCGCGUACUCGAGUCACUACCACGACAGCUCCCAAAAAGGGCGUCGCCCAGCCCAACGGUGUCAAUGAGACUCGACCACUAUCACUAUCACUCCGUGUGGUGGGGUCACCGGCUCCUUCAAUCUCACAGGAGAUCGACAAUCUGGAAUUAAUGCAUAAAUUUUCCACCGAUACAUACAAAAGUCUUUGUGUGAGCGAUUCAGAAAUAUCCAUAUGGCAAAUUACGAUUCCUCGGCUGGCUCUUAAACAUCAUUAUCUCAUGGAUGGUAUUCUGGCCUUGGCUUCAUUGCACAUAGCCACAACUGCUGCGGAGCCGACCGAAGCACUUCGCUAUCAGGAUAGGGGACUUCAAUAUUAUAAUCGGAGCCUCACACCAUUCCGACACGCAAUAGACAAUAUAACACCGCAAAAUUGUGAUGCGGUAUUCGCACAUUCCAUCAUCAUGAUUGCGAUCAGCAUUGCCCAGCCCCGUUUGACGACCGCAAAAGAAGAAACAUCAAGCAUAACGGAAAAUAUAGUCGUCUUAUUCGAAUUGCUCCAGGGAGUGAAAAAGAUUCUCCAGGCUGGUAGACCAUGGAUUAAUCUUCAACUAUUCACCCAUGGUGAAUUCUGGAAAAGCACAAAUACCCAACUAGACCCCGACACAGACGCUGCCCUUGCAAAUUUGAGCUCCCUAAAUGACGAAGUUAUGGUCGGCGUAUAUUCAAGCGGGCACCGAAUCAACCAGGAGGUGUUAUCUUUUCUACGCCAUUGUUAUACCAAAUUUGCCCACUCGCCAGAUCCCUCGCCAGUCAUGGCAUGGCUUGCAGCAGCUGAGAAAGAUUUUGUAGACAGUCUACGAUGUAGACAGCCAUUUUCUCUUUUGAUACUGAUGUACUGGGGUGUGCUUCUUGGAAAGCUAGAUGGGAAACGAUGGUGGGCUCGUGGCUCAGGGCGAGCGUUGGUUUCGGAGUUGGUAGACGCUUUACGAUCUGGCGAUCCGAGAUGGGAGGGCGUAUUGACAUGGGCUGAACAAAGAUCGGCUCCUUCACCCUGA